GCCCCCCCCCCCCCCGAGCCCCCCCUCCCGGGCGCCCGCCUCCCUCCUUCGCGGACUGUCUCCCGACUCGCCGGCUGAGAGCCCUUUUUGACUGCGAGCGGCGGUAGCGGAGCAGAGGCGGCGGCGCGGGACCUGCAGUCGCCCGGGAUUCCCUCCAGGUGACGAUGCUCUGGUUCUCCGGCGUCAGGGCUCUGGCUGAGCGUCCCUGCCGGCGCUCGCCCGGGAUUACCUGCUGCGUCUUGCUGCUGCUCAAUUGCUCGGGGGUCCCCAUGUCUCUGGCUUCCUCCUUCUUGACAGGUUCUGUUGCGAAAUGUGAAAAUGAAGGUGAAGUCCUCCAGAUCCCAUUCAUCACAGACAACCCUUGUAUAAUGUGUGUCUGCUUGAACAAGGAAGUGACCUGUAAGAGAGAGAAGUGCCCAGUGCUGUCGAGAGACUGUGCCCUGGCCAUCAAGCAGAGGGGAGCCUGUUGUGAGCGGUGCAAAGGUUGCACCUAUGAGGGAAGUACCUAUAACAGCUCCUUCAGAUGGCAGAGUCCUGCACAACCCUGUGUUCUACGUCAGUGCCAGGAAGGUGUUGUCACAGAGUCUGAGGUGCGAUGUGUUGUUCAUUGUAAAAACCCUUCCAAGCAUCUGGGAACGUGCUGCCCCACAUGUCCAGGUUGUGUGUUUGAGGGUGUGCAGUACCGAGAAGGGGAGGAAUUUCAGCCAGAAGGAAACAAAUGUACCAGGUGUUCCUGUGUUGGAGGCAGGACACAGUGCGUGAGAGAAGUCUGUCCCAUUCUCUCCUGUCCUCAACACCUUAGCCACAUUCCCCCAGGACAGUGCUGCCCCAAAUGUUUGGGUCAGAGGAAAGUGUUUGACCUUCCAUUUGGAAGCUGCCUCUUUCGCAGUGAUGUUUAUGACAAUGGAUCUUCAUUUCUCUAUGAUAACUGCACUGCAUGCACCUGCCGGGACUCUACUGUAGUAUGUAAGAAGAAAUGCUCCCACCCUGGUGGCUGCAUCAGAGGGGAGGAGACCUGUUGUGAAGAGUGCCUCCUGCGAGUGCCUCCAGAAGAUGUCAAAGUGUGCAAAUUUGGCAACAAGGUUUUCCGGGAUGGAGAGAUGUGGUCCUCUGUUAAUUGCACCAUCUGUGCUUGUGUGAAAGGCAAGACAGAGUGUCGAAAGAAGCAGUGCGUUCCCAUCAGCAGCUGCCCGCAGGGUAAAAUUCUCAACAGGAAAGGAUGCUGUCCUAUUUGCACUGAAAAGCCUGGCGUUUGCACGGUAUUCGGAGAUCCCCACUACAACACUUUUGACGGACGGACAUUUAACUUUCAGGGGACGUGUCAGUACGUUUUGACAAAAGACUGCUCCUCCCCUGCCUCGCCCUUUCAGGUGCUGGUGAAGAACGACGCACGCAGGACCCGCUCCUUCUCCUGGACCAAGUCUGUGGACCUGGUGCUGGGCUCCAGCACCGUCAGCCUCCAGCAGCACUUGACCGUGCGCUGGAACGGCUCGCGCAUCGCGCUGCCCUGCCAGGCGCCGCAGUUCCACAUCGACCUGGAUGGCUACCUCUUGAAAGUGACGACCAAAGCAGGUUUGGAAAUAUCCUGGGAUGGAGACAGUUUUGUCGAAGUCAUGGCUGCCCCUCAUCUCAAGGGCAAACUCUGUGGUCUUUGUGGCAACUACAAUGGACAUAAGCGUGAUGAUUUAAUUGGUGGAGACGGAAACUUCAAGUUUGAUGUGGAUGACUUUGCUGAGUCCUGGAGGGUAGAAUCCAAUGAGUUCUGCAACAGACCUCGAAAAAAACCAGUGCCUGAACUGUGUCAAGGGACAGUGAAGGUAAAGCUCCGAGCUCAUCGAGAAUGCCAGAAACUCAAAUCCUGGGAGUUUCAGACCUGCCACUCAACUGUGGACUAUGCCACUUUCUACCGGUCCUGUGUGACAGACAUGUGUGAAUGUCCAGUCCAUAAAAACUGUUACUGCGAGUCAUUUCUGGCAUAUACCCGGGCCUGCCAGAGAGAAGGCAUCAGUGUCCACUGGGAGCCUCAGCAGAACUGUGCAGCCACCCAGUGUAAGCAUGGAGCUGUGUAUGAUACCUGUGGCCCGGGAUGUGCCAAGACCUGUGACAACUGGAAUGAGAUCGGUCCAUGCAAUAAGCCAUGCAUCGCAGGGUGCCACUGUCCCGCCAACCUGGUCCUUCACAAGGGAAGGUGCAUCAAGCCAGUUCUUUGUCCUCAGCGGUGACCUUUGUUCUGCUCCUAAGACUUUGAAAUCUGGUGUCUUUGACAGUGAAGUGGAAGAGCCAAUGAAGGACUGCGGUAUUUGUGUGCUGAUUCUUCAAAUACACACAGAGUAUAUAUGUGUACAUAUAUAGAUAUAUAGAUAUAUUCAGAAACAUUUCAUCAUUUAUAUAAACUAUAGGUGGAUUAUUAUAUGUAUAUUUUUUGCUAUAAGACAUGUAUUAUUUCUAGGAUCCUAAUCUGUAAGCCAUUGGAUACAUUGUAUAAAUAAGCCAGGUGUUUGUAAUUUAAUAAGGCAGCAUGCAGACAUAUUGGAUGGCUUUAACAUCACAUACAUUUGUCAUUUCUAAGAAGUUUUCUAAGAGACCUAAAUUGCCUGCCUGCAUUAAUUUUAGCUUUGAAUCAAGACUUGCAGUUGAGUGGAAAAUGUGUUUCUCUGGAGAAGGGCAGUGUUAUCUAGGGGCAUUUCAUGCUUCCAAAGAAAGGAGUGUAUGCCCUAGGGAGAUGACUGGUGAUUGGUGACAGGACCUAAUGGUGCAUGUAAAGCAAGGGAUAGGUUGUUAGACUUUAUUGGGUCAUGGUCCAAUAUUAUUUCCAAAACCGAUUGGCUAGUUGCCAAGAAAUAUAUAUUUGUCAGUAGAGCAUAACCAAAGAAUUGAAUGGUUUCUUGCCAUCUUUGCAUAUUCCUUGAGUCACCUAAUUAUACAUGUGUGUAUGAUGGAUGUGUCCAUUUAUAUGUCACAGUGAGAUUAAAGAAUGUUUGGGUGACAUGUCAGUUUUAUUGAGCAUGAGCAGAUAUUUAGGGAAAGUUUUGCACAACAUAUGAAAGAAUAGCCAUUUCUCUGAAUCUUAGAGCAAUUUAGGAUGGGCCAAUAUGAUGAGUUGAUGUAAGCCAUCUAUGUUUUGUGACUAUUCCAUGUGUAAAAUGAAAAUCAUUAAUUAUUUCUAGAGAAUUCCUAGCCCAGUGCUAUUUGGUGACUGUCAAUACGUCAUGAUUCUACAAAAAGAAAGCCUUUUCUGACCAGUUGAUUGAAUAUCAGUCCAAACAAAGACUGGUCUCUGUAUUUGCUCUAAUUUACUGGUAGUUUACUACUGGUCAUCAGAUGAAUUUCCUGACUUUUUUUUCAGUUGAAUAAAUGAAAAUGUCAACAAAACAAAACCCACUAAUGUUUCAUUUCAAGAUACUAUGUUCCACAGUGUAGUCAAUAAAGGGCUCAAUAUUUAAAACAAUGCA